CCCAUGUAGUAACAUGUACAACCUUAAUUCACACAACCUCAUUACUCACAACACAAGCCGCCUCUCUCUCUCUCUCUCUCUCUCCAUGGAGAAGGCUGCUGAAGACCCAACGUCUCUAACCACAUUCCAAAGCAGAGAGGGGAUGACCCAGAAGAAACUUGACCUGGGUAACGCAUGUAAUGAAUCUUUAACCAGUCUCCGCCGUGCAAGGCGGCCGGAGACUCACCGGAGAUCAACGCGAAGGAAGAGGAAAGAAGCGAAGGUUUCGAAGGAAGUGAUCUGCAGCGACGGCAGUGAAGAUGAUGAGAAGGCAGAGGUGGAAAGAAAGAUCAUGGCGCUGCAGAGGAUUGUACCGGGAGGUGAGUCACUUGGGAUUGAGAAUCUGUUUGAAGAGACUGCAGGGUACAUAAAGGCAUUGCAGGCUCAAGUGAGGGCCAUGAGGGUUAUUGCUAGUUUCUUUGAGGGGUUAGAAUGUGAGAAGAGAAAGCUUGGGGGUUAAAUUAAUCUUUGAACUGGAAAAAGUCAUUGGUACGUACAUACGUUUCGUAGACAGUUUUUUUUUGUUCUUUUGUUCUUUUGUUGGGGGUUAUGGUUGUCGUUUUAAGUUUUUUUUUUCCUUCCCUUUAUUUUUUGAAAUUUUGUUAUUUAUAGAAAUGUUCAAUUUGGAUAUAUUUGCAUGAAUAGGAGGCACAGAGGCUAAUUAGUAGUAA